AUGUCCUCCUUCCCAGCAGAUCAAACCUCCAACACAUCCUUUUAUUCCCAGUCAGACACAGUGAACGUUUCUGAUAUCCUCGGCAACGUUGAUUUUGGAAGUGCUCAAAUAAGAGAGCUAGCCGGACUGGGAACUGGGAAGUUGGGAGAGAUAGAGUUCGUACAAGUCGACGACGUGCCCGUGACAGCCGGACCUAUUGCGAGUAGAGGAGUGCUGGAUGACCUAUGCUAUGGAACUGGAACGACGUAUUUGGCCGGAUUAUCCUUCGGAGGUCUGUGGGGUUUAGUAGAAGGUACUCGUGGACCAAAUUCGAACUUCAAAUUACGAAUAAACACAGUACUAAAUGCUGUAACGAGACGAGGACCAUUUAUUGGCAAUUCAUGCGGAGUAUUAGCGAUGGGAUAUAAUGGCAUCAAUGGUAUGAUUACUACAAUAAGAGGUCGUCACGAUGCUGUGAAUAACAUAGCAGCUGGGGCUUUGGUCGGAGCAAUAUUCAAAUCAACUGCCGGGAUAAGAGCAAUGUCUGUUGCGUCCGUUGUUUGUGCGAGUGCAGCUACGGCCUGGACUUAUGCGUUUCGACGUUUACAAUAA